AUGGAGGACAUCGAUUCCUCUGGGUCAGCUGUUGACCGUUCUCAAACUCCAGUCCAAUCGGACUUCACCCAAAACCCUCCCCUCAACAGUUCUCGCCAUAACCCUGAGAAUGGUUUUUUUAAAGCGAUCACUGAGAUUUUUGCUAAUCGAAACCCAGAUGGGAGCAUCUUCAUUCAUUCGGAUAAGGUUAACUCUCUACUUCCCCUUCUUGAGAUUGAGAAGAUCGCUAGCAUUCAAACUCUAUCAUUGGUAGAGAAGAUCACCGCUCGAUUAGAUUCUUUUGAGAGAUCACUCAACUCAGUGGUUAAGUCGUCUUCUAAAUCAUUGCCUUCAUGGGUUUCAGUACCUAAAAAUGGGAUUCCCCCUAAAUUGAUUCCUCAUACUGUUGCUAACCGUCCUCCCCCCCCCCCCAAUCGAGUUCUUAACGAGUUCAAGUCUGCUUUUUUUAUCAUUCGUAAAACUAUUCCGGAUUCACGUCCGUUCUUCCAGUUGUCAGUUUCAGACAUUACGGAUAGAGUCAACAAGGCUCUUAAGGACAUUGAGGCUAAGACAGAUGAUGGUUCAUCCAUCUCUGUUAAAGGGGCUGCCCGUCUCCCUUCCGGUGACUUUAAAUUUUUUACCCAUACUCGUUUUGCAGCCAACUGGCUUCUUGAGCAUAAGCACGAGUGGACACAUUUAUGCGACCCCAAUCUUAUCACACCCCCUUCCACUUUUCCUGCUAUUCUUCACUCGGUCCCUAUCUCCUUUACGCCAUCCAAUCCUUCAUCCCUUGCAGAUUUAUGCUUUGUCUUACCGGUGCUCAUUACAAAAAAUCCCCCAUCCAGUGCUUUCAAUGUCUCGAAGUUGGUCAUACUGCGCAAUUCUGUAAAAAUUCCCCCCUUUGUAAACAUUGUGGUGAUUCUCAUAAUUUGA